AUGGAGAAACUCAUAUCCGGGCCUCGAGAACCCAAGGGGCAUGAUGCCGGAAACGGGGAUUUGAAGAUCGAGGUUCCUGAGACUCUGGAGAAGAAGAGCGAGAAAAGCCAGUCCAAGGCCUGGAGAGCGUACUUUCGUCUCUUUGCUUAUGCCAGCACUCUUGACAUCAUUCUUCGCGUAUGUGGCGCGGCCACCGCGCUGGCAUCUGGAACAGCGUUACCUUUGAUGACCAUCAUUUUCGGGGACCUCGUCCAAGACUUCAACAACUGGGCUCUGGGUACGGUCGAACCGUCCGAAUUUCGGCAUGCCAUCAAUCGGAACACCCAGUGGCUUUUGUAUCUCUUCGUCGGAAAAUUUCUGGCCUACUGUGCCCAUCUGUUCCACUGCGUCAGUGCCUCCCGGAUGGGUCGCCGAAUCCGGCUCCGGUAUCUUGACGUCAUUUUGCACCGGCCUAUCUCCUACUUUGAUGAUCAUAACCCCGGCUCCGUAGCUACGAGUCUAUCGACGGAUACGAAUCUAAUUGAAGUCGGGCUGGCGGAGAAGGUCACGACUCUGUUUCAAGCCGCGUCGAUGAUUAUCUCCGCAUUCACCAUUGCGUUCACGAAGUCUUGGAAGCUCACCCUGGUGACGGCGACGACCAUUCCAUAUAUGAUGCUCACCACGGGCCUGCUUGCGGCAUUGGACGCCAAGAUGGAGGCCAAAGCCCGCGCCAUCUACUCGAAUGCCUCCAAUGUGGCCGAGGAGGCAUUCAGGAGUGUCAUCAUGAUAGCCACCCUCGGCGCGGAAGACCGAGUUGUUCAGCGGUUCAAACAGAUCAUCGAAAAGGCCAAGACUCUCGGUUUCUGGAAAGGACCACUGGAAGCAUCGAUCUACGGGAACAUGUUUUUCACGGUUCAGAGCGGAUAUGCCCUGGCGUUGUACUAUGGGGCCCAAUUACUCUCCCGGGGCCAGGUGAAGGACGGCGGCACCGUCAUUAGUGUGCUAUUUUCUGUCGUUAUCGGAAGCUCCUCCAUGGGGAUGGUGGCGCCAUCCCUGCCCUCAUUUAUCAAAGCAACGGCAUCCGCGCAGCAAGUUCUGAAGGUUCUGGACGACGACACUCCCUCCGGAAGUGAGGCGGGUCAGAAUCUCCACAUCAAGCCGGCGACCGUCACCGGGCAACUGAAGCUCGCCAACAUCUCCUUCGCAUAUCCGACCAGGCCAUCGGUCAAUGUCCUCCACGAUGUGAGCAUCGACAUCGAUGCCAACCAAAUCACCGCAGUCGUAGGCCACAGUGGCUGCGGCAAAAGUACGAUGAUUGGGCUUCUGGAGCGCUGGUAUGACCCUAUCCGGGGCUCGAUCUGCCUCGACGGCACCGACAUUCGAGAUCUGGACUUGAAUUGGUGGAGAGGACAAAUUGGUUUGGUGCUACAGGAACCCGUUCUUUUCAAUGACACUAUAUACGAAAAUGUCCUCAAUGGACUCCACGACGGCCGGAGAGAAAGACUGGGUCAAGAGGAGUUACGAAAAUUGGUCGUGGAAGCCUGCAUCACGGCCGAUGCCCAUAACUUCGUCCUGGAGCUUCCCGAAAGAUACGAGACCAUGGUGGGGGCGAAUUCGGAUCUCCUGAGCGGCGGCCAGAAACAACGAAUUGCCAUAGCCCGCAGCAUCAUCUCCGAUCCCAAAAUCCUUUUGUUUGAUGAAGCCACGUCGGCCCUGGACUCGGAAUCGGAACAAACAGUACAAGCCGCUAUCGCCAAGGUUUCUCGAGGACGAACGACGCUGAUGAUCGCCCACAAAUUGUCGACCAUCGCAGGGGCAGAUAAGAUUGUGGUCAUGGAAAACGGCCAUGUCAUGGAGCAAGGCUCGCAUUCGUCUUUGCUGUCUCUCGGAGGGAUCUAUACUCGUCUUCUCCGCGCGCAGAACCUGAUCAGAAACGAGAGAAGAUCACACAAGGGGCCAGUAGAAUUGAAGACUCGACCCAUGCCGGAACGAAGGCAGAGCCCCACGACCCAGACACCACUUCCGGGAUCUCCUGGAUUGGCGUUAACUGCUGAGGCACCUACCAUCCUUGAAUCCAAAUCGAUCAGUCGCCGCUUUUCUCUGAUCAGAUGCAUCAUCAGUAUCCUGUCGGAGCAAAGACGCAUCAUACCCAUCUUUACCGGCGGCUUGCUCGGAUCGGUUUUCGCGGGCGCCGCCAUGCCGAUUCUGGCGUUCCUCUUCUCCAAGCUCGUGACCGUCUUCCAAUAUCAAGGGCAUGACCUUAUCUCGCGUGCCAACUUCUGGGCCCUCAUGUUCUUCGUCCUCGCAUUGUCCAAUCUCGUGGCUUACGCAACGGUCUGGGGUUUAUUCUCGGUCGUGGGCACCAUAAGCUCUUCGAAAUACCGUGCAGAGUAUUUCCGAGGCCUCCUGAUUCAGGAUGCGAGCUUUUUCGAAGAUGGCAACUCAUCAGGCAGUCUGGCUGCGUUGCUGGCUCUAGAUGGCGACGAAUUGGAGACCAUGGUCAGUAUGAAUGUCGGUCUUCUCGCGCUCUUCAUUGUCGACCUGGUGGCAUGCUCUCUGCUAGCUCUCGCCGUGUACUGGAAGUUGGCGCUUGUUGGAGUCAUGUGCUGUGUGCCCACGCUGCUGGUGGCGGGCUACGUGCGUCUGAGAAUGGACAAGGAAGCACAAGAUCGAGCCGCGAAAUCCUUUUUGGAGAGCGCCCGCCUUGGCGCAGAAGCCGUGGGCGCGAUUCGGACCGUCGCUUCUCUGACCCUGGAAUCAAGAAUCACUAAGAGAUAUGCAGGCAAGCUGCAAGCUGCUAUGGCCAGAUCUCUGCGACGGACCGUGUUCUCGAUGGCCCUAUUGGCUCUAUCGGAUACGCUCGACCUGUUUGCCAUGAUUCUGGUGUUCUGGUACGGAGGCCGACUUGUGUCGUAUGGCGAAGUCGGGGUGUCCGCAUAUUUCAUAGUCUACACGGCGAUCAUCUUUGGAGGACAGUCGGCGGGUUAUACCAUCGGAUAUACCACAAGUAAGUUAGACGUCCUUGACACCGUUCAGGAUCUGGGACUAAAAUCUCGACUUCGAGGCAUCACGAAAUCUCAGGCGGCUAUGAAUCGUAUCUUGUACAUGAAGAACAAGAAGCCAUCGAUCAACUCCUCCGCAGGCACAGAUCCGCGCCAGCAGCCACCCGCAGAAACGGCUCUCGAAUUCAAGCACGUCUCUUUCCGGUAUCCGGCUCGCCCCGACAUUGAAGUCCUUCAUGAGCUAGACCUCCAAGUGCGCCGUGGUGAGAGGGUAUGCAUCACUGGCCCGAGCGGAUGUGGCAAGUCGACCAUCAUCGCUCUGAUCGAGCGUUUCUACGACAUCACCAGUGGCGAGUUGAGUAUCAACGGGGCUGAUAUCUCCUCGAUAGACAUCAGAGCCUACCGCUUGAUGCUCGGGUUUGUGUCACAGGAAACAUAUCUUUUCCAAGGCACCAUACGUGAUAACCUCCUCCUCGGUGUCGACGGUCCUGUCACCGACGAAGAGCUCAACACCGCCUGUGGCGAUGCGAAGAUCUACGAUUUCAUCGUAUCCUUACCCGACGGAUAUGACACCGAAUGUGGCCCACGAGGCCAGGCUUUCAGCGGCGGCCAAAGGCAACGCAUUGCUAUCGCUCGCGCUCUCCUGCGGAACCCAGAGAUCCUGCUACUGGACGAAGCGACCAGCGCGUUGGAUCCUGAGAACGAGGUUCUUGUCAGGGAAGCUCUCAAUAAGGCUGUGACUGACAGAACCAUCAUCAGUAUUACGCACCAGGUUGAGACCAUGAAGAUGGCAGAGAGCGUCUUCGUUAUGGAUCGGGGGAAAGUGGUGGAGGCCGGGACGUUUGAGGAGUUGAUGGAAAGAAAAGGAUUCCUUUGGGAGAUGAUGCUGCAGGGCGAAUUGAUGUAG